AGACGCUAGCCCUAGCCGGUAUCAGGUAUUCAGCAUCUACUUUAACUACAAAUUCCGGAUAUUUAUCCGGAAUUGAACCCCUAACUGGUACAAACUUCAACACUUGGAGAGAUCAAGUCAAAUUGACUCUUGGAGUUAUGGAUUUGGAUCAUGCUUUGAGACUAGAACGACCCACUGCCCUUAUCGACAAAAGUUCGCCGGAUGAAAAAAGGGCAUAUGAAUUAUGGGAUUGAUCAAACAGAAUGUCUCUUAUGAUCAUUAAAAAUUCCAUUUAUGGCGCCAUCCGAGGAGCCAUCCCUGACUCCAAAGAUGCCAAAACAUACCUUAACUCUGUAGAGGAUCAAUUUAAAGGGACUUCAAAGGCCCAUGCUAGUACCUUGAUCCUUAAAAUGUUGACUACGAAGUACAAUGGGGUCGGUGGUGUGCGUGAGCACAUAAUGAUGAUGAGUGACAUGGCAAACAAACUCAAAAGUAUGGACAUGGAAAUUAGUGAAGGCUUUCUCGUCCACUUCAUAAUGACAUCUCUCCCUUCUCAGUUUGGUCCGUUUAAGAUCAAUUACAACACUCAAAGGGAGAAAUGGAAGAUGAGCGAACUAAUUGCCAUGUGUGUCCAAGAAGAAGAACGACUAAAAGUUGAAAAACCCGAUAUCGCUCAUCUUACUACCACCGACUCUAAGAAAAGGAAGGGGUUCCCGAAGGGCAAAGGAAAGAUUGGAGAUAAAUUCACUCCGAACAAGGUCCCUAACACCGGUGCAAGUACAAGUACAUUCCACGGAAUUCUCAAAUGUAAAUUCUAUCGUAACAAGGGACAUACUCAAAGGGAUUGUCCAAAGUUUAAGGAAUGGCUUGCGAAGAAAGGGAUUCCGUAUAAUAAGGAAGCUGGAAAGAAACCAACGGACGGUUAAAGUCGGAAAUGGUUUGGAUUUGGGAGUUGAAGCAGUCGGUACACUUUCAUUAGUACUAGAAGGUGGUUCGAAUUAGAACUGUGUGAAACUCUAUAUGUACCAAGUAUUACUAGAAACCUUAUAUCUGUUUCUAAAUUAAAUGACUAUGGAUACUAUUUUACAUUUG